AUGAUUAGUAAUAACGCAACAAUUAAAUUAAAACCGUUAAAGGCUUCACACGAGUUGGAUUCUGAAAGUGAAGUCGUGAGUAAGGGACAAGGAUCUGUUCGUGAAGGACCAGAAGGCGAUUUUAAGCGACCGCCUUUUGGUUCUCGCGACUCGUAUAAUUCAAGAACCGUUUUAUCUAAUAAAGACCGAGAAAAAAAGGAUUUUCGACCUGGCAGUCGAAGCAAAUACAGAGAUGAACGAACGGCAAGAGGCGGUUCCUACAGAUGUGGAAACCCAAGAAGUGGUCGUAGUGGAGGUACUUUUUCUUCUGAUUCACGAAAAAAUAUAAAAAUCAUAGAUUCUUCUUUGCCAUCUCAAAAAUAUGAAUGCUCAAAAGAUUCUUCUAAAACAGGAAUUGGAAAACUUUAUGAUGGGUCAGAUGUGAUUUCCAAACCUAAAACUGACUUGGCUAAUUUAUUAGUUUUAGAUGAUUGCAGAAUUUCAAAAGUGUUAAGACGUUUAUCAAGGGAAGAUGAUCCUGAAAAAUUCAUCAUAAUGUUACCUGAAAAUAGUAGUUACAUUAGGCAUUCUUUUGAUUCUAUUGCUGAAUCACUAUUUGAUUUAUUACAUAUAUCUCCAAAUAGUAUUGCUAAAUUGGAAUCUGCAAAAUGCCUUGGAAAAGUCGGCUAUGCUUUAGAGAACAAUUUUAAAAAGUUUUUAGAAUGGAUUUUCGAUAAGUUUGGAAGUGAAAGAAAUGAUGAUGUGAGAGUUUUACUUAUGAAAUCAUUACUAGAAACAUUAACAUUAGAAAAAGAAAGACCAGUUUUAAAGGAAUUUUCAACUAGUUUAAUGGAACAAAUGAAAAUAGCUUUGGAAUCUACAGAUUUACCAGAUUUAUUGAUUGCAUCUGUUGAAGUUAUAUUAGUUUUAAUUGAAAUUUAUCCUGAUUGCUUUCACAAACAUUUUCGAGAUACAGUAGAUAUAUUAGUCGGAUGGGGCUUAAGUUUAAUGCAGCCUAAUUCGUUAAUUAAUUUCGCAGUUGAAAGUUUAAAAAAAUUAGAAAUUUAUUGGUUAUCCGAAUAUGCUUUUGCCAUGAGUUUACUCAAGCAAUUUUUGGAAGACACAGAAGGAUAUUUAGAUGAUCUUCAAGCGGCUGUUUCUUAUCAAGAAUCAGCAGAUAUAAGUCCUCCAGCGACAUCGAUUGCCAUAAUGAUAGGGCUAUUGAAAAUAUUUAACACUGUGACCAGUUGUGUCGCAGAAAAAAUGAUGAAUUCUGAAUAUUUAGCAACUUACAUAACAAAGAUGUUGAGUGUGGUCACAAAAGCUAUUAUUCUCGUAAAGGAUGACAGCCUUAUUAGAACAGCCAACGUAGGAACUGCUCUUUUAUUAAGUCAGUUACAUUGUAGAAGUCAUGCAGCUAAUCAACUUGUAUUAGAGUUUGUUAAAACUCAACUUGUUUUAAUGGAGCAAUUUGAAGAAGAAACUAUUUUAUCUUCCAUUCAGUUUAUAACAAAAGUGAUUCAAGAAUUGGGAUCAACACUUUCACCUGAUUUUGCCACGUUACUACUUGGUCCUGGAUCGCACAUGUCGAAAUUAAAAUACUCCAAUUCUGAACUUAUCUUGGGUAGUUUGGUUUUGUUGUAUCAAACGUUACUCGGAGAAAGUUUGUUGCAAAAUGAAAUAUUUGGAUAUAUAUUUUCCGACUUGAGAGCAGCUUUUGAUGAUUUGACGACUCCCAAUAUCAAUGAUCAGUAUGAAAAAUUAAAAAGGGCCGAGGCCGUCGCCAUGUUUCAUUUGGAAGUUUUAUCUGCUUUUAAACCCAAUAAAAUAGCUUUCGACAUUUUGUUAGAAAUGAAUCCUUCGUGUGUCGAAUUGUCCAAAAAUAGUCCUUUGGCACAACAUGCUUUACUGUGGUUAAUAUACGUUCAUUCUUCCAUAUAUCAUCAUUUCGUAUCGAGUAGUAAUUUACUUAUUAUCGGUGGUGGUAUUCCGAUCCAAGAUUAUUUCACUCUUAUAUUAAAAUUAAUCACAGAUUUAUUAAAACAGAGAUUGAGCGUUGAUACGGUCGAUUUGGUGUUACGUUGGUGUGAAGAAAUAGUAGUGGAAUCACGUCCGUAUAUUUCGACCCUUAUUUUAACGCAAGAAUUUCGAUGUUUUUUAGGAGGUUUAUGCCGUAUUGGAAAAUAUCCAUUUAGUGACAAAAUAAUAUUAAAAGUUUGCUUUUGUUUCGAAUUACUCAUAUCAAGUUCCGAUAUAAUAUUUCAGUGUGAUUUAUUCAAUGAGCUUCUUCAAUUAUGCAUUUACCAACAGAAUUCGUUAAAUAAUGAAGUAGCCGAAAGGUAUUCACAACUUUUAUUAAAUAUACCCAUUGAAAAAACUUUGAAAGCGGUAAAAGCUUUAGAAAGUGAUAAAUUAAAAAAAAAAACUCGUUUCCGUCCCAUAAAGGAUAUACUUAGGAACUAUUUUAGUAAAGGAACGUACGGUUAUAUGGAAACUAGAGAUUUUGCUAAAUUUACCGAGUAUAUUUUACAGGAAACGAAACGUAGUAAUACCGAAUGGCUAAAAGAUAUGUUUUUGGAAUGUUAUCCGUUGCAACUUCAAAAUCCCACGACGUCCGAACACGAACAAUGGUUAGAAAUGAAACAAGUUUGUUUGGAAAAUAACGAAGCUCUACUACCUUGGGCAUGUUGGGAAGCCGCUCAAUUAUGCGUUCUCAACAAAUUAAGAACUCCUUUGGGAAAACCCCCGGAAACGUUUACAGCGAUAGAAUUGGCUUUAAGAGAAUUAGCCAGGCAAACGAAAAUGUCUGAUGUAUCUACCGAGAGAAAUUUCGAUGCCAUCGCUGGGUUCGCGAGAGCAAGAGUUUUAUUAGAAUUUAUGGAAUAUCUGGAAAAGAUUAUGUACAAUGCUUCCGAAGGAACCGCAUCCGCUUUAUUAGCUCCGCCGAAAAAUGUCAGAACGUUUUUUCAUGCCAACAAAGGAACUUGCGCAUCUUGGCUCAAUCGGAUCAGAUUAGUAAUUAUAGUCGUAGCCAUGCAUUCAGGACAAUCCACGUUGGCCGUAAGGAGCGGUCAGUGUUUGUUAAACGAACUUAUGGAAUCUAGAAAUUCACAGGCAAAAAAAUAUUUUAAUUUAUUUUUUUUUAAAAAAAAUUCACGUAUUAGUCAAGAAUUUGAAGUGGCUGUAAUGUACACGGCGUGGGGAUUACUUAGUUUAAAAGAAAGUGAAGCUAUAACUGGUUUAUACGUGUGGUGCCGACAAGAGGGGGAUCGAAAGUUUACCUGGCUAAAGGCGAUGGCAGAUCACGCCGGUGAAAGGUUCGAAUUAGCGGCCGAAAGUUAUAAAGCAAUACUCUUGGAUGAGCAUAAUAAUAAAUCAUCUCCCAUGCACGAUCCUCUUAAAUUAUCCGAACCGUCUUCUAGUCCAAUAAAACAAAUAAAAUCUUCAACUUUGCUCAUUGUGAAGCAUUUCUUACACGAUUGCCUCGUGGAUUGUUACAAAAAAACCAACGAUUUUGAAAAUCUUAAAUUGUGGAUUGACAACGCCGACGAAAUUAUCAAGGACGAAUCCGUUAUUAAAAAUGGAACCCAUUUCGAAAGAUUUUAUCAUCAUUAUAGUAAAAAAUCCGACAUUAAUUUUAUUAAAUCGAUACAGGAUAUUGUCGAUAAUAAAACCGUCAAAUAUCGAUCUAGAAAUGAUAAAUUACCUUUGGGAGAUGCAUUUUUGCCUCCGGAUCAUUGCGAUCCGACCGCGGUGAAUGAUUUCAAUGUAUUUUCGCCAUUUUCAAAUAUACAAUACAUAGACACGUCAAUAUUAGAAGCUAAAAUCAGUUACGUUCAAAACGAUUACGAUGAGCAUUGUAAGAAAACAUUGGCAAGUCUUUGCGAUUGGGCGCAAAUAGGAAAACAUUCGGAAUUGUUUGAAUUGAAAACUUGGAGUUGCUAUCACAUUUUGGAAAAUCUUAAAAAUAUAUUAGUUAAAAAUUGCGUUUUGAUAAAUGUCGGAAAGAAUUUGGAAAAUAAUUCAUGCGUUUUUCACAUGAAUGAAAACAAUACGAUAGAAAUCGAUUUGCAUUUUAAACUGCUCCUUGAAAAAUGGGGAGUUAGAAACUACGGAUUCGAAUUAUCGAAAAUAUUAAAGGAAAUAAAAGAAAAUUAUGUGAAAAACAAAGACAGCAUACGGGAAGUCGUUAAAACGUGUUCGGAUGCCGUAAACGUUUUGAUGAGAGAAAAUUUGAGGAGCGGAAACGAUGAGCUUUCGCAGGAAACCAUGAUUCUCAAUUACGUUUGUAAAUAUUUAUUAAACGAUUUAAAUCACGUGGAAAAUAAAAAAUUUAAAAUUGUGGAAAAAUUUUCGUCCGACGUUUUAUUAUCGAUCGGAUUUUGGAAAAAAUUAUUGAAUGAAGAAGAUGUUAAUUUGAGCAUCGUUAAAAGUGCUCGAAAAGAAGGGAAUUACAAUUUAUCGAAAAGAGCGUUACUUUGGUAUUUCGAUAAAGAAAAUAUCGACAAGAGUUUAAUCGAUAUAAGUCGAGAUUUAAUCGAAAAUUUCGAUCGCGAUUUGAGACACGAAGAAGGGGAAUUGUGUUUGCAAGUGGCAAAAUUGUUGUACAGUACGGGAGCUCAUUCUAGUGCCAUUGAUUUAGCUUCUUUGUCCGCUUUGAAAUUAAUUCGACCCGAUAAUAGUUUGGAACAUAAAAAAACGGGUUCGAGAAUUCUGUUGACACUUGCGAAAUGGUUACAGCGCGAAACGGUCAACGAAGACUAUUCAAAUUUACAAAUGCCCAUAAAUUACAAUUUGAUUGACAUUCACGAAACUGCCAGUAGCGGUCUUGACUUACGCUCACAAUUUUUCUUUGUUACAGUCAAUUCGGUCAAUAAUCAAAAAGUUAUUCCCGAUUCUGAUAUGGUUAUCGGAAGAAUACUUUCCAUGAGCGUUUCCCAUUGUCCCAGUUUGGCAAAAACGUGGUCUUAUUACGCGGCUUGGUGUUACAGGUGGGGAAGAAAAGUAGUGGAUGUUGCAUCUCGAGCGGGUGGAUCUCUAUCAGGAUUGGAUAUUGUAAAAAUUAAACAGGUUUUGCCUUACGAAACGACUGAAGCUCAACUCGAGGAAAUAAUAAUGAUUUUAAGUCAGACAAGAGCUGUUGCCGACGAAGAUAACAUUGAGGCUGAAAAUUUAAAUACGUCAGAAAUGAUAAUGAAUCAGUUGCAAAGCGUACCUGUUUUGGCAACGGCUUCGCAUGAAGUGCUAGCAAUAUUGAUAGAAAUUUGGAGAGAUGCACAGAGUCGAAUUUAUUCAGGAUUUCACAAAGCAGCUCAGGCUUAUUUUAAAUACCUACAAUUAAGUUCACUUAACGAGGUAAUGUGGAUUGAUGAUGAUUGUUAUACAAUAACGGCAACGUUACGAAUUCUUCGUUUAUUAGUAAAAUACGCGUUAGAACUUCAAGCUAUUUUAGAAGAAGAACUUCCGAGAACACCCACGCGACCGUGGCAGUGCAUAAUACCUCAGUUAUUUUCGAGAUUGAAUCACCCGGAAGCUUACGUACGAAAAAGAGUAUCGGAACUUCUUUGCAGAAUAGCUGAAGUAUCGCAAAAUUUGAUUACGUUUCCGGCUGUAGUCGGGUGUUCAGCCGGAGGAGCGAGACGUAUUUCAGAUAUAAAUACAUCUACUUCCAAAUUAUUUGGCACGUGUUUAUCACAGAUGAGUGGUGAAGGAGACGGCGAAGAGGAUGACGAGGAAGAGGAAGAAGAUGAAGAAAAUUCAGCUGUAGUUGCCAAUCAGGGUUCCGUUUUAACCAAUUGUUUUCAAUCAAUGGUCGAUACAUUGUCGAAGCAGGCUCCGGCGGCUAUUUCUCAAGUGCAAACAUUCGUGUCGGAAUUGAGACGAAUAACACUUUUGUGGGAUGAAUUGUGGUUGGGAACUCUAAAUCAACAUCAUACGGAAUUAAAUAGACGAUUGACACAACUCGAACAAGAAGUUAUUCGCGUUGAAAAUAAUUCUUCGUUGACGAAUUUUGAAAAAAUCGCUUUAAUUGCGGAAAAACACAGAAUUAUUUUAAAACCGGUUGUAUUUAUUCUCGAACAAUUGCAUUCUAUCACUUCCGUCCCGCCGCAAACUCCCCACGAAACAUGGUUUCAAGAAAAAUUUGGGAGUUCUAUAAAAAUUGCAUUGGAAAAACUUAAAAAUCCGGCUGAUCCUAGAAAACCAAUGGAAUCGUGGCAUUCGUUUAAAGCCGUUCAUGCAAAAUUACAAAAGAAAAGAGCUUGUUCUUCUUUAAAAAUGGAAAUAAUUAGUCCAAUAUUGGCGAGCAUGAAAGAUACGGCCAUUACCAUGCCCGGAGUAACAUCUUCACCGGGUCGAAUGAUAACGAUAACUUCAAUCGACAAUAGCAUAAUAGUUCUUCCGACAAAAACAAAACCGAAAAAAUUGGUCUUUCACGGAAGUUUGGAAGACUUGCAUUUAGACGAAAGGAUUAUGCAGUUUUUAACCAUUUCCAACACUAUGAUGGCUUCAAGCGGAGACGCGACAUAUCAAGCCAGACAUUACUCUGUUACUCCUUUGGGACCCAGGAGCGGUCUCAUUUCGUGGGUCGAUAAAGUCACUCCUUUAUUUUUUCUAUAUAAAAAAUGGCAGCAAAGAGACAGUUUUAAUUCUUCGUCUAAACAAGGAUCCGCUGCCAACUCUGGUCACACGACCAUGCGUCCGUCGGAAUUAUUUUACGCCAAAUUAAGUCCUCUUUUGAAAGAAGCCGGAAUCCAUAUUGAAAAUAGAAAAGAAUGGCCUUUGUCUAUAUUGAAAAAAGUCUUGCAAGAACUCAUGUCCGAAACUCCGAAAGAUUUAUUAGCCAAAGAGCUUUGGUGCACGAGUACGAACGCUGACGAAUGGUGGCUGGCAACGAAAAGAUAUUGUCGAAGCGUUGCCGUCAUGUCUGUCAUUGGUUACAUAAUCGGAUUGGGCGACAGACAUUUGGAUAACGUUUUAAUCGAUUUAUCGACGGGAGAGAUGGUUCAUAUCGAUUAUAAUAUUUGUUUCGAAAAGGGGAAAACGUUGAGGGUUCCGGAAAAGGUGCCAUUUAGAAUGACGCAGAAUAUAAAAACUGCACUCGGAGUGAGCGGGAUCGAGGUAAGUUGUUUAUUUAUUUAUUUAUUUUAUUCGUAA